AUUUUUUUCACAGAAUGGAACUGGUCAAGGAGGCGCUGCAGCCGUGGCUCGAGUCCAUCGAUCUGGACAUGUUCGAGCCCGCCAACCUGCUCUCGCUGGCGACAACGCUGCCAAUCUUCCCAAUGUUCUUUGUUGCGCACUGCCUCUCGACUGCCGCCGCAAUCCGCAAGAGCGAUCCCAACGCGCGCCGCUUUGCCGUCACCAGUCCGAUCGCCAGCAUCCUCGGCUACUGGCUCUGCUGCAUCGGGUCUGGUCUGGCCGUCGAUGUCGUGCUGGGCCAGCCAUUCAAGUUCCUGCAGAACGACUACGAGUUCAAGGCUGUUCUGAUUUGCUGGCUUUGCGUGUUCCUGUCCCCGUUUGACCUUGGCUACAAGCUGUGCCAUUUUGCUCCAGUCAAGAUUCUCCUCACGAUCGGAAAGGAGAUUCGCCGCGCUCGCAAGGUCCAAGACGGCGUUUUGGCCGCUGGUAGCACAAAGUACUUUGUGGCUCCCAUUGUGUGCGGCACGUUGAACGGUGCGGGCUCGUCCAUCUUCUCUGUGAUUGAUCAGGCUUUGCGCGGGGCUCCUAUUUCAGUCGACCUGCGUGCCCCUGAGCUUGGCACCAAGGCCGCGUUCUACUCUGCCGUGGCGCUCACGCUCGGCGCGCACGACAUCAUUCCUGUUCGCAACUUUUUGCCGAAGUGGCAACCUGUCGAAACCCUGGCAGAGUUGGUUGUUGUGGUGGUGGUCGCUGUCGGCGUGCUCAAGGUUCUGGCAUCCAUCGCGCCGCUUUCCGCGCUCAAGCUGAACGAGCGCUGCGCCCGUUUGUCGCCGGAUACUCUGCUGUUUGGUCUGUUCUGCUGGUUUGUGACGAUCGCCGAUCCAGCGCCGGCAGACGCCACUGCUGCAUCGAGCAACCCAGACACCAAGACAACCACUGCCGCUCCCGCCAAAGCGAACAACCCUGCCACUCCCUCCAAGUCUGCCCAAACCAGCACUCAGACCAACCCCAGAAGCACGGAGAAGCAGGGCAAGCACUCCAAGACCGAGUAACCUUCCAAUGUUCGUUUGUCUGCUAAUCAAGUGCUCAAAUGGCUUUUUCAAAGAAUGCAAGCAGAAAAUACAUUACGGAGGAACGGGGACACAC